AUGAACGAUCCACCGAGCUCGUCAAAGUCAUUGAGUGGCUUGAAUGGGCACCAUGAGGCAUCAUUGACAGCCAUCGACAAUGUGAUCGCUUCAUCAUCGGGUGAUCAUCACUGGUACACAGUCAACCAUCAUCGACCGACUUUCUGCAAUUAUUGUCGCGGGAAAUUGAGUGGAGUGCCAUGGCAUGGAUUGGGAUGUGAAGUCUGCAAAGUGAAAGCUCACAAGCAUUGCGCGGAGAAAGUGCGUGAACCGUGCAAGUGGACGAUCGAAUCGAGCAUCCCACCACAGCUACAAUAUGUCAACCCCGAGAACACCACUCAACCACACCAAUUCGUCGAGGGGAAUCUCCCGAUGUCCUCUAAGUGCACAGUUUGCGAGAAAGCCUGCAGCUCGGUGCUCAAAUUACAGGACUGGCGAUGUCUUUGGUGUGCUUGUUGUGUGCAUGACGGUUGUCUAUCACAAUUGGCUCGGGGAUGCUCGCUUGGACCCGCCUCUUUAUCCGUUCUCCCACCGUUAUCGCUGCGAACGAUCGACAGAGAUGGACAUCCGAUCCUCCGCUCUGAAGCGAUUGGUGGUGAAUGUGGUGGUGGAUCGCCUCUACUCGUCCUCGUCAACAGUAAAUCGGGCGACAGUCAGGGACAAAGAAUGAUUCGAAAAUUUCGACGCCUCCUCAAUCCCAUUCAAGUGUUCGACAUUUGUCUGGGUGGACCCGAGUUUGCGCUUACAUUCUUCAAUGGUUUCGACUCAUUUCGAGUGUUGGUUUGUGGCGGUGACGGAACGGUUGGAUGGGUGCUGAGCACGUGUGAUCGAUUGAAUAUGCUCGGAAAGUGUCAACUCGCCGUUCUCCCAAUUGGUACCGGAAAUGAUCUGGCUCGUGUGCUUGGUUGGGGACACGCUUUCUACGAUGAUACACAAUUGCCACAACUUGUUCGAACAUUUCAACGGGCGCAUACGACAAUGUUGGACAGAUGGAGCAUCAUGGCGAUGAAGGACGAGUACGUGGAUGCGGUUAGAGAAUACGAGAGACAACUGGCGACCAGGGUUGAGGCUGUGUUGAGUGCCGAGCAACCGAGAAGGAUUAUCGAGGCUUCAAAAAAGUUGUGCAUCACGGCUCGAGAGUUGAUCGAAAAAGUCGCUGCCACAUAUGGACAAGUGGAGGAAUGGGAGGCACAAGCCGGCACACCGACCGAUGAUCCAAUAUCGGAAAAAUGUUCAACUUUUCUUGCGAAACUCGAUUUGUUGAUGAAAGAGUUGGGCGAGUCGCCGACGGUUGAGGAGAGCGGUUUUGAGCCAGAAAAUGAUGAUGAGAGUGCUCGAGACAGCGAUGAUGAGCGAUCACGUCGAGAAUCGCUUGUUGGACGAGCGAACAGCUUAAAGAAAGCUUUAAAAGAAAUGAUGGAUAUGGCUGAAAGAGGAAUCGAUAAUUAUUCGGAUAACAAAGCCUCAACGAAACGAGAGCGCUUCCGGAAGAAACGCAGCAAGACGACACCAUCGGCGUUAAAGGUAUCCAACUCGAAUCUCUCCUCUUCGUCAGCCACUUCUCCUCCACCAUCACCAUCUCCACAAUUGGAUCCAGUACGAGGGAAAUAUAUAAAACGCGGUGAUCACGAGCACUCACCAAACACCGAGAAACACGAACACUACUAUCAAACGGAUCGUUUAAUGGUGAGAGAAGAGGAUGAGGGACACACGAGUGGAUUGGGCAAUUCACCUGAUCGCUCGGCCGCCAGUCGAUCCCCACAUGUUGAGGUGUCAGGGACAGAAGCAGAACCACUUGUUAAGCAAUUGGAGUCAUUGAGAUUCAGCAUCGGUGUGCAACCACCAACUCCAGCCGCCUCAUCCCGCGAACAGUCAGCGAUGUGGCCCGACGACUUUCGGAUAGAUCACCGAGAUUUAAUCAAAGAACAAGAAUAUGAUGGAAUUACAAGAGAACAGAUUAUAGGACGACCCGAUCGCUUAUUCAAACCCUCGUCAGAGAGUCAUUUGUACACGCAAGGAGGCGGCGAAAUCAAACUCUCACACUCGGAUAGUAGUAUUUAUGAUCACUCCGGCGAAGUGCCAUCAACAUCAAACGUAAUCCUCACCCCGCGAACCCCAGGCGCUGUUGCGUGGAGUCACCGGAUAAAGGGCAAAAAGCGAUCCGUCGUCGAAGCACCACAGGCUAGACACCUCAUCUCCCCUGGAGCCACAACGGGCAGCUCGCUGAUCGCCGAAUUGUUGCUGUUGAAUGCGAAAGUGCUCGGUUUUGCGAACUCUGAUGCCGCGCAUGGAGUGAAUAUCAAAGAUCAAUACAAAGAGCUUAAAGUGAUGAACAAUUAUUUUGGGAUUGGUUUGGAUGCAAAGAUUGCUCUCGAUUUUCACAAUAAACGAGAAGAGGACUCGGAUAAGACUCGAAGUCGCUCCAAGCUUUUCCUUUGGUACGGGAUGUUGGGCGGGAAAGAGUUGAUGCAUCGCACGUAUAAGAAUUUGGAGCAACGGAUACGACUCGAAUGCGAUGGUCGAGUGAUCGAUUUGCCGAACCUUCAAGGUAUCGUCAUCCUCAAUAUUCCCUCAUAUUCGGGUGGUGCGAACUUUUGGGGAUCCGGUAAAGAUGAUGUGUUUCAGCCACAAUCGUAUGAUGAUCGAUUGCUAGAGGUUGUUGCUCUAUUUGGUGUGAUUCACGUUGCCACAUCUCGUGUCCCAAAUAUGGUUCGACUCCAAAAUCAUCGCUUGGCCCAGUGUCGAACAGUGAGAAUCACGAUUAUUGGAGAUGAGCCGAUUCCGGUACAAGUCGACGGUGAACCAUGGUCACAAUCCCCGGGUGUGCUCAUGAUUCAACACAAGAAUCGAGCUCAGCUCUUGGUUCGAAAUCCGGCUUUUGAGGCAUGUUUAAAGAAAUGGGAUAACAAAAGAGAGAAAUCGACUGCUCCAUCAACGCCCACAGCAUUAGCAAUCGAAGAUACACCGUUUACAAGGAGAGCCGCCGAAUUGGUGCAAUUAGUCGAGUCAGAGUUGGCGUGUCUCGGCGUCUCCAACGCUUUUCUCAGCGCUCUUGAACACGCAUCGACAGCUGUGCAACGACUUGAUGAAGCGGUUUGUUUCUGUUUAACUACUACAAGAGGCAAAGCAAAG